GUUUAGUUGGAAUUGUCUGGUUUAUUUUAUAGAUGUGGAUAGUCAGUGAUACACCAGAAACUCACAAGACAAUCUCCCACUAUGAAAAGGAAUACAUUGUUUCAUCAUUAAAAAAUCAGCUUUCUUCACAGAAGGUAGUGCCAUGGGUGUCCAUCUUGAAGUCACUGCCACUUUGGGCAAUUGUAGUAGCACAUUUUUCCUACAACUGGACCUUUUACACUCUAUUGACGUUGUUGCCUACAUAUAUGAAAGAAAUCCUAAGGUUCAAUGUUCAAGAGAACGGGUUUUUAUCUGCAUUGCCCUAUUUUGGCUGUUGGUUAUGCAUGAUUGUCUGUGGUCAAGCCGCUGAUUAUUUAAGAGUCAAGUGGAAUUUCUCAACCAUAAGCGUUCGGCGAAUUUUUUCCCUCAUAGGAAUGGUUGGCCCUGCAGUUUUCCUAGUCGCGGCUGGAUUUAUAGGCUGUGACUAUUCUUUGGCUGUUGCGUUCCUAACCAUAUCCACGACGCUGGGAGGCUUCGCCUCUUCUGGAUUUAGCAUCAACCAUCUGGAUAUCGCCCCUUCGUAUGCCGGCAUCCUCCUGGGCAUCACAAACACGUUUGCCACCAUUCCCGGGAUGAUUGGGCCCAUCAUUGCUAAAAGUCUGACCCCUGAUAACACUAUUAAGGAAUGGCAGACUGUCUUCUGUAUCGCUGCUGCUAUUAACGUGUUCGGCGCCAUUUUCUUCACGCUGUUUGCCAAAGGAGAGGUGCAGAACUGGGCUCUCAGUGACCACCACGGACACGGAAACUGAAGACGACAAUAAUUAAUGUAUUUUUAUUUAUCAUGGAAACUGAAAGUGCCUUUGAUUGCAUAAUAAGCAUUCUAUGUGAGGAAAAAAAUAGUACUUAUAUUUGUAAGGUAAUCAUGAAAUGUUACUGGUUCCAAGAUCAUUUAAAAUGAGCUGGUUUUAAUUAUCACUAAUAUAUCGGCCAGACCUUACACUUGGGUUCACACACCAGACUGCAAGUAAGGCAGCAUGAUAAAAGGUAAGAGCAUAGGAAAUGAGGCUGAAGUGGACAACACACACACACACACACACACACACACACACACACACACACCCCACUUGUUUAAUUAAAUUAGAUAAAUUGUCUCAGCUCUUGCUAAAUACCUGUUUUUGUCUACCUCCCUUAUAAAAAAUGGUUGCCGACUCUCCCUAACACAUAGAUCUCAAUAACAUCUCCGUAAAGCUGCCAGCCACAGUAAGAGUUGGCCUGGUACCCGCACUGAAGGCCCCGUGCCCAGGCAGCUGCCAAGCACCCCUUCCCUGGCCGCAGGGCUGGAAUGCCCAGCACUCAUCAGAGGUGGCUUCCAAGUGCAGGGCCAGUGACAGCGUUUGGCUGACACUCUUCCCCCGUGGCUGUUAACGUGUAGAUAAAGCCCUAAGUGGACUGGAGCGGUGGGAUCCGCAGCUACUGUCUUGACACUGCCAGCCAGCCUUGGCAGCACCCAGGCCUGCUACUGGAAGGUGAUCUACAAAGCAGAAGCGUGAUACCCAGUCAAUCACAGAGAACAUCCUCGAUAAAAUGACUGCUACGUGAGUCAGAAUAAAUGUUCACAUGCAGGUUUUUCUGGCUACGUUAGAACUUAUUUAAAUGUCUUUCCCUCAGUCUGUCUUGAUUUAUGCUUCUGGUCACAGUUUAAAGUGACUUUCAGGGCCAGGGGUUUGGCUCAGUGGUAGAGCACUUACAUAGGACUGUGGUCUGUCCAACAGCAAAAUGGAGGUAAACGACUGGGCACCCAAAGCUGGUAAAUCAUGCAGCUUCCUCUGACCAGAGUUUUCUGGUUGUUAGGCAUACUGUAAGAGGUCCCUGGUCUGUGUGGUGGCUCAAGCCUUUAAUCCCAGAACUUGGGAGGCAAGGGCAACUUCAAGGCCAGUCUGGCCUAUAAAGGGAGUUCCAGGACAGCCCAAGCUGUUACUCAAAAAAAAAAAAAAAAAGAAAGAAAAAAACAAUCCAAGGAUUGAACGCCUGCCAGAUGUUUUGUUGUAUGUGUUCAACGCUUAUCUGUAGCAUUUUAACUAAUGAAUGUUAAUGUAUGAUGUAAAUACAUUUAUAUAAAUUUGUUUUUAAUUUGUAAAUAGAGAGUUUUAAGUUGCCAUGUGACUUUUUUUUAUAAAUCAUCAAAAUAAAUCCUUUUGCAUUAAA